CCGCGCAGUAUAUAAGCCAGACGAUGGUCUUUGCUAUACGCGUGCAGUCUCUAGUCAUCGCCGUCGCACUCGCGUCCAGCGCCACGGCUAACUGGCUGCCCGUCCGACGCACGCCGGCUCUGUCGGCACGCGACGCCCCGGGCAACCUCGCGCCCGGCUCGUUCUCCAACUGCACGUCGUACACGACGGCGGUGUCGGGCGACACGUGCUCGAUGCUGGAGGCCGCGGCGAACAUCUCCUUCAGCGACCUGCUUCGAUGGAACCCGGAGCUCAAUACGGGGUGCACGAACCUUGCGGCUCAAGAAGCGUACUGCGUCGGCGGCGGAGGCGACGCGUGCCCCAGCCUCUACACUGUCGUCUCUGGGGACACCUGCCCCUCCGUGGAAGCCAACGAGGGACUCACCGCGGCGCAACUGCUGGCCCUCAACCCUUGGUUGGAUUCGAGCUGUGAUCUCGAGAUCGGCGAGGUGCUGUGUGUUGGCCCGGACUCGGCGCCGACGUCGACUGUCACCAUUGGCACGAGCUCGGUGACACCGACGUCGACGGUCACGGCCACGGUGACUACCUCGACGGUGCUCCCGACGACGACCACGGCGACGGCGACGACGUCGACAGCGUCCCCGACGCAUACGAACAUCGCGAGCGGCAGCUGGACCAACUGUACUACGUACUACACGGUGCAGACCGGCGAUUCGUGCAUCAGCAUUGAUACGAGCUACGGCAUCGCCUUCAGCGACUUCCUGCGCUGGAACCCUGAGAUUUCGUCGACUUGCGAUGAUCUCGAGGCGCAGGAGGCGUACUGCGUCAAGGGCUCUCCCGCGUGCAACAAGAUCUACACGGUUGCCAGCAGUGACUACUGCGCCGAGAUUGAGUCCGACUACGGGCUCACCGCCGCGCAGCUCUAUGCGCUGAACCCGUGGCUCGACUCCGCCUGUGACUUGGAGGUCGGUGAGAAUCUCUGCGUGGGGUAGGUCGAGUAGUGCACCGGGACAGCAGGUCGUCACGCGCAUAUUACGAUCGGAUGCGCGGCAGACAUUCGUUCUUGUCAUUGAUUGAAUGACUCGCGAUACACCAUGUCGAGCAGAGACGUGGUAUUGGUAUGAAUGGAAAUGCUUGUCCUGCGAGACGAUACGUAUGGAGUCUAUUCAGUGCUUGAGAGCGGUGUCGAACCCA